AUGCCAGAUCCCGACAUCCAGACCACAAAGGAGGUCGAUCUCGAGGCCGCACAGAACCCGAGAAUCACCUUCCAGGAUGGUAACCGUCACGGUCGUGGCCGAGACGGUGCACCUGAUGAGCAGGAUGCACCUCUUGGUCUGACUCGUACCCUUUCUCGUCGUCGUUCCCGCUCGCGAUCCAGUACCCGCAGCCAGAUGCCCGCAUCCUCUCCGUACUCGGGCGUUCAGAUCGAAUACCGUACCUUGUCUAUCCAGGUCACCGAAGCGAAGCAACAAGAGCCUGAGCUCGAGGAUGCCAAGGACCCCAAGGCCCUCAAGAACAAGGAGGAUGAGGAUUACUUUGCCAACCUUCAGUACCAUGAGGUGCAGGUUGAGCAGCUUUGCCAGCAACUCAACGUCAGCCCUGGUGUGGGUCUCUCUGAGCAUGCUGCUGGAGUCCGUCUGGAGCGUGAUGGAAACAACUCUCUGCCUCAUCCCAAGACGAACUACAUCAAGAGAACUUUGAAGUACAUCUUUGGUGGUUUCUGUUCGGUUCUCUGGGUUGGUGCCAUCAUCUUCUUCCUCUGCUGGCAGCCCCUGAGCAACCCUCCUUCCGUGCAGAACCUAUCCCUUGCUGUCCUGAUCAUCAUCGUCAUCUUCCUGCAGGCUGGCUUUUCCGCCUUUCAGGAUUGGUCUACUGCCAAGACUAUGAAUGCCAUUCUCGACCUGUUGCCUUCGUUCGCUUUGGUCAAGAGAGAUGGAGACCUCAAGAGCUUGCCUACCAUUGGACUCGUGGCUGGUGAUGUUGUUCACCUUCAGGUCGGUGACAAGGUCCCAGCUGAUCUUCGUCUCAUCAGCCACUCUGGUGACAUUCGCUUUGAUCGCUCUGUCCUCACUGGAGAGUCGGAUGAGAUCGAGGGCGCUGUCGACCAGACGGACCGCAACUUUCUCGAGAGUCGCAACAUUGCCUUUAUGGGUACUACCGUCAUGAACGGUAACGGUGUUGGUGUUGUCAUCCUCACUGGUGCCCGUUCCGUCAUGGGUCGCAUCGCAAGUUCAACUGCCGGCGUCAAGGACUCUGCCGCUCUCAUCCAGCGAGAGAUCACCCGCUUCGUCAAGAUCAUCGUCUGCAUGACCAUCUUCCUGGCUCUCCUCAUCCUCUUCACCUGGGCUGGUUGGCUCCGUGUCGACCACCCUGACUUCCUCAGCGUCCCAGCCAUGCUUGUCAACGUCAUGGCAUGCAUCGUCGCCUUUAUCCCCGAGGGUAUGCCUGUCGCUGUCGCGUUGACGUUGAUGAUGGUUGCUCGUCGCAUGAAGGCUGUCAAUGUCUUGCCAAAGGGUCUGUCCACUGUUGAGACUCUUGGUUGCGUCAAUGUCAUUUGCUCAGACAAGACUGGUACUUUGACUCAGAACCAGAUGUUUGUCAACUCUGUGGCUUUUGUUGAUCAGAAGCUUGACUCUGCCGAUGACUUUCACCUCUUGCAUGAAGCCACCGAGCCGAGUCAAGCUGCUGUGGCCUUGCAUCGCGCUGCCCUUCUCUGCAACGACGCAUCUUUCGACCCGACUACGAUCCAUCUUCCGAUCCCCGAGCGAAAAAUACAAGGCAAUGCCACUGAUAGUGCCGUCUUUCGGUUUGCUGCAUCUGGAUCUGCUGGUGACAGCUUGAAGAAGACAACUCAACGGGUCUUUGAGGUUCCUUUCAACUCCAAGAACAAAUGGAUGCUUGCCCUCUUCCAGUCUGAUGACAACCGUGGAAAAUACCGUGCUAUCAUCAAGGGUGCUCCUGAUAUUCUUCUUGCUGGCUGCACCAAGUACUGGUCCUCGGAGACCAACUCUGUUGAGACCCUCAACCGCGAGGCUCGUCAGAAGUUCCAGGAGAUCCAAGAUGAAGCUUCUCGUCGGGCUGAACGAGUCAUUGUCCUUUGUGAGAAACUCAUUACUCCUCGCGCUGUUGCCGGAACAAACGCUUUUAGCGAUGAGAUUACCCACUCCGCAAUUCACGACCUCACUGUUGUUGGAAUGCUUGGAAUUAUUGACCCUCACCGUCCUGAGAUCCCUGCCACCGUUGAGCAAUGCCGUCGCGCUGGAACUCGCUUCUUCAUGGUUACCGGAGAUUACGCCUUGACUGCCGCUGCAAUUGCUCGCAACACUGGCAUCUUCACCGGUACCAGCGACCCCGACACCAUUGACACCCUUCACUCGACCGGAGAACCCAUCUCAGAGAAGAGCAAGUCUAAGAAGAAGGAACGUGCGCCUAUUCUUAACCGAAGCUUGCUCCUCGAGGGUUCCAAUCUCAGCCGGUUGAACGAAGAGGACUGGGACGUUGUCUGUGCCUACGAGGAAGUCGUCUUUGCGCGAACUACUCCUGAGCAGAAGCUUCGCAUCGUCACUGAGCUUCGUGCACGUGAUAAUGUUGUCGCUGUAACGGGCGAUGGCGUCAACGAUGCUCCUGCGCUUCGAGCCGCUGAUGUUGGAGUUGCCAUUGUCAGUGGCAGCGAUGUCGCCAUUGAAGCUGCUGACCUUGUUCUCCUCGAUCGCUUCGACUCCAUCAUCGAUGCCAUGCGUCUCGGUCGCCUCGUCUUCCAGAACCUCCAAAAGGUCAUCUCCUACCUCCUCCCCGCCGGAAGUUGGUCCGAGAUCUGGCCCGUCAUCCUCAACGUCUUCUUCGGUGUUCCCCUCCCCUUGAGCGCAUUCCUCAUGAUCAUCAUUUGCGUUUUUACCGAUCUCUUCCUGAGUCUCUCUCUCAUCAUGGAGAAAGAAGAAUUCGACCUGUUGUCACUGCCGCCUCGCAACCAUAAGCAUGAUCACCUCAUCAACGCCAAGAUCUAUACCCAAGCUUACCUCUUUACGGGUUUUAUGGAGACCAUCACUGCGCACUCCAUGUUCUUCCUCUACAUGUACCGACACGCCAAGAUGCCCGUUUCGGAGCUCUUCUUCCUGUUUGAGGGUUACUCGGCUGGGUACCGCGGCUACACACAGGAGGAACUCAUCAAGUUCAACAACACCGGACAGUGCGUUUACUUCGUCACGCUCGUCUUCCUCCAAUGGGGCAACAUCCUCGCCGUGCGAAACCGUCGUCUGAGCAUCUUCCAGGCGGAUCCCAUCACCAAGCCUCACCGCAAUCCCUGGCUGAUCCUCAGCAUGCUCAUCAGUUUGGUCAUCGCCAUCUUUGUCACUGAGGUGCCAGGGAUUCAGAAUCUGUUUGACACUGCUUCGGUGCCCAUUGAGUUUUGGCUGAUUCCUAUUCCUCUUGGACUUGGUAUUCUGUUUGUGGAUGAGAUUAGGAAGCUCAUUGUGAGAAAGUUCCCUGGGUCGAUUGUCGCCAAGAUCGCAUGGUGA